GGCAGGCGGAGAUAUCCGGCAAAAUUGAUAAGGACUUGGGUUCAGCUUAAGAAUUGGUGAUGAAAGGAAGACUCGAGGAUAGCGAUGAAGAGGGUCCCUGAGCUUCUUAUAUACCUACAUCCGUCCCUACCUUACCUACGUGAUUCCAGUCUCGUCUGCUGCCCGCAGCCAACAACGCCACAUCACCCGGUGCCUUGGAAGAAUGCUGACGGCACCAUGGGUGUGUUGGAACUGUGCGCGGUCGCUGGCACGCACUGGCAUUUGCCACUUCAUUCGUAGAUCGAGCACAGAAUCGUCAAUCAAGCUUCCACCUGCCCUUCUCGAGCGCGCCCGGAGACUCGCCGCCGAACAUGACCAAUUGAGCGCGGCUUUGGCGAAGGACUUCGACCCGAAGAAGGCGAAGCGUGCGGGCGAGAUCUCCAGAAUUGCCAGCGCGCUGCAACAGUUUGAAAAGGCGAAGGAGGCGCUUCGCGAGCUACAGGGACUGCUAGACUCCAACGAUGCGGAGCUACGAGAACUGGCCAAAGAUGAUCUCGAGGCGACACACGCCCAGCUUGCCGACUCGAGCCGUAACCUCUCGGUCGCCUUGACGCCCAAGCACCCCUUCGCCGACAUGCCCUGCCUGCUCGAAAUCCGUCCUGGACCUGGAGGCACAGAGGGCCGCUUUUUCGCCGACUCGCUCUUCCACAUGUACAAGGCGUACUGUUCGAACAAGGGCUAUCGCACGCGGACAGUCAAGUACGAGGCUUCAGACAGCGAUGGCCAGACGGGCUCAGAGGGCGAGAUUGCACUGCAAGAAGCGGUGCUCGAGAUUCAAGAGCCAGGCGCGUAUGGGACCUUCCGCGGCGAGGCAGGCAUGCACCGUGUCCAGCGCGUCCCCGCCACCGAGAAGAGCGGGCGGACACACACGAGCGCCGUUGCCGUCUGGGUGCUCCCCUCGUUCCCGGAGAACGGCACCUCGGAGUCGGAGGCUGACUGGGACAACCCGGAAAGCGAUUUCUACAUUGACCCGACCGAGGUGCGCAGCGAGACUAUGCGGGCCCGCGGCGCGGGCGGGCAGCACGUCAACAAGACCGAGUCGGCCAUCCGGCUGACGCACAUACCCACGGGCACCACGGUCAGCAUGCAGGAUUCGCGGUCGCAACAACAGAAUCGCGCCAGCGCCUGGAGACUGCUGCGCUCGAGGAUCGCACAGCAGAGGCGCGAGGCGAGGGAGGAAAUGGCACGCCAAUUGCGCAGCAGCGUACUAGCAAAUAAUCAAAUCACGCGGGGAGACAAGAUCAGGACAUAUCAAUACCAGCAGGACCGGUGUACUGACCAUCGGAGCGGGUUGGAUGCACACAAUCUUCCGGACGUGCUGCGAGGCGGAGAGACGCUGGGGAAGGUCAUGGAGAGCGUUCAAACUUGGCUGAUCAAUAAGGACAUCCAGGCCCUCAUUGCCGAUGAGGAGGCGGCUGCUGCCGUGGCUGCUGGGAAAGAGGGCAAGUGAUGUGCUCUUCCGUGUGAGAAACAUCUUGAAAAGUAAGGUAUGUACAGUACGACAUUGAGAAACGAUAGACCCAAUACCCUAUAC